AUGCUCCUUAAUUUCCAGUAUGUUCCUCGUUACCACACCUUGUAUGGACACACCAGAUACCUAGAGUUCUUCCUUACUUCAGACAAACUGGUGUAUAAAAGGCUUGAGGAAAAUGAAACCAAGGUGUUAAACUCAAUGCUCCUUAUGACCAGCAUACUGAACACGAUGUACACGUCACUUAAUCUGCGCAUUGUUCUGGUUGGAACUGAGAUAUGGACAGACGUGGACCAAAUCACAGUCACUCAUUUACUGGACCACGCUUUUCACUUUUUCGCUCCAUGGGCUAGACGGUUCCUUAAACCCCGCAUAUACUUUGACCAUGCGCAAUUACUCCUAGGCAGACACUAUCGAGGCACGCUAGGACUGGCAACACAGGGAACCGUAUGCAACACAGACGCCUCAACAUCUAUUAUUAGGUUCAGCAAUAAUGAGAACGUAUAUAAUGCAGCUGGUUCUGCUCAUGAGCUUGGCCACGCUCUCAUUUUUGGACAUGAUGAUGAAGCCGGCAAUGUAGCCAGAUUCUGCCGAUGCCCUGGCUGCAAAGAAAGAUGCAUUAUGAGAUCAAAACUCUCAGAGUGCACAGAGUUCAGUAACUGCUCUGCUGCUGACUUCUAUGACAGGUUGAUGAUGGGAAAAUUAAAUUGUCUACUUAACAUGCCACCUGUAGCUACACUCACAUAUAAUCAGUGUGGGAAUGGUCUCUUGGAAGAAGACGAAGAAUGCGAUUGUGGUAGAGAUAAGGUAUGCCGUGACAAUGGCUGUUGCCAGUCCAAUUGUACGCUUGCGCCAGGGCUCACUUGUGUGUCAGGACAUUGCUGCACAAAAUGCCAGUUUGAUCUUGCAGGAAAGUUGUGUAGAGAUAUCGGUGAUGAGUGUGAUCUGCCAGAAUAUUGCAGCGGCGCGUCACAUCUGUGCCCAGAGGACGUGUUUAGACAAGACGGAAGUGCGUGUGGGAAAAGUGACAUCUGCUUCCAAGGGAAAUGCAAUAACCAUGACAGACAGUGCAAAGCUAUAUUUGGUGAAGGCAAGAUAUCUUAA